AUGAAUUUCAGUUUGGAAGGAUGGUCAAAAGUGAACGCCAACAAAACUGGAUGUGAUAUUUUGACGAAACGUCCGAUUGCUUCAAUUGAAGAUGACAACGAACGAGAACGCUACAAAUGGGGUGAGGAGAAGUUCGCAUUCGACGUCUUGGCCAGCGAUAAAAUUGGUCCAAGAAGAGAGCUACAGCCGAUGUAUCAUGAAUUGUGUUCCAAUAUAACGUACGAUGGAAUAUCGUUGAGAGCAAGUAUAGUGAUAAUCUAUCACAAUGAGGCAUUAUCAGUGCUGAUUCGUAUGAUAAAUAGCAUCCUGGAUCGAACACCUCCACAAUUAUUGCAUGAAAUUGUUUUGUACGAUGACUGGAGUGAUGAGGAUGACAUCCUCAUGGAUCAUAUCACAAAAUACGCCAAAAUUGAUGGAUGGCCAAUGGAAAAAUUGGUGGUGAAACGAAGUGAUGAACGACUUGGCUUGAUUAAAGCAAAGGUUUGA